AACGCCGUGCCGCUGUGACAGCGCCAACUUGUCACUUCACCCUUUUACCUGUUGUCAACUCUUCUUGUCUUCUGUUUUAUUCUUUUUACCCUUUUCUACCAUUCGAAGCGACCGCGACCUUUCGAUAUACGAUAUAUUCAGACAAUUUAAGGAACAGGCUUUACAGAGGACAUCGACAAGAUGACGGUCCUCGUCGAGCUCGCUCGUCGCGCCGUGUCGCACCCGCAGGCGUCUUCGUUCGUCAAGCGCGCCUUAGGACGUCCUGAACCAAUGUCAAGGCCUGGAGACAUGUCUAUCAGCAUCUGGCAGGUUGUUCCUAUCUAUGCCACCAUCUUCAUUGCCGCCAUAGGCAUCAGCCUCUUCUCCUACAUGCUUAACCAAGUCGUCGUAACCCUCUGCAUGGUCGAGUCCCCCGUAGCCGCUAUUACCGUUACCCACGAAACCUCCAACGACAAAGAAGACUCCAACGAGAAGGAAACACUCCUCGAAGCCGGUCCGACAAUCACCCUCGUGAACGCGAAGCCCAUCACAGCGUCCAUCCGCGCUACCGUCCGCCACCUUGUCGCACACGCCGGCCGCUGGUCCCGCUUCCGCGGCUUCAAGAUUCAUUGUUUCUACUCGUUCCUGUCUGGCCUGGCUACAACGUUCUUCUCGGGGGCCCUACAGGGCAUGCCCGGUUCAGCUGUUGUUGGCGCUGCCAUUAGCGCUGCCCUUCUCGCCAACGUACACGCCGCGUGGACACACAAGGUUGUCGCUAUGCCCACCGACGGCCUCUUCUGGGGGCGUAUCCCCUCCAAGGCCCACUGGAAGACUCUUGCCGUCCCCGCCGCGCUCAAGGCCGUUAUGCCCUAUGUCAGCAUGUACCUCACAGCUGGCGUAUUCAUGCUGCUUAAGCUCAACAAGCUUGGAUACGAGGGCCAUUCUAUUGAGACUUGUGCAGACAAGAUCGGUCUCAUCGCGAGGGUCCUUGCUGUCAUUGUGUUUGCCAUCACCUGCACACUUUUCCUCUGCCUCCCUGCCAUGGUCACUUUGGUCCGUAUCGAAGCUUCUCUGCUCCCCGAGGACCAGGACACCAUCGUUCCCUUCGAUCGUACCUUUGGCGGAAAGGUCGUUAGCAAGAUCAUGGGUGGAACUGGUGUCGUUGGCUUCCUUGAUGCCUGGAGGAGCUUCAACUGGGAGGCCAGACGCCGCCUUAUCAAGUUGUUCACCAAGAACUUCUUCAUCACGAUUGGCAUGUUCGUUUUUGUGUUGCACGUUGUCGCAAUUGAGGCGUUUGUCUUCAUGGGGGAGGCUGCUGGUGAGAUUUUAGCGCAAGCGCAUAGGGAGAUGGCCGUGUCUAACUAGUUGCGUAGUGCUUGCAAUGGCUGGUAUCCCUUACCUGAUUAUUACUGAACAAUUGUGAAGGGUUGUCAUCGCUUUUGGAUAAGAUUGAUCUUGGGGUUGGGGGCUGGGUUUGGACUUGGAUGAGAUGGUGUCAGUGUCAUGG